CCUCCCCCCAACCCCCCUCCUCCUCCACCCCAAAUGUAUACCCCCCACCCCUCCCCUUCGCCUACAAAUGUCCUCCACCAACCCCACCACCACCGCCGGCGGCGGCGCCCCUCCCACCACCCUCACUGGCUCCACCACCACUACCUCGCCUACUCACAGCUCCAUCAGCCAGAGCGUCACCAACCUCGGCCUCGGCUACGCCAUCGCCAUAGCCCUCGGCUUCCUCGUCCUCCUCUCCACCGUCCUCCUCGCCUCCUACGUCUGCUGCCGCGCCUCCCGCCCCCGCUCCCGCCACUCCCGAAACCCUAACCCUAAUUCUGCCUCCGACGGCAUCAUCCUCCCCCGCGUAAUCUUCGUCGCCGAAGACGACGACGACGACGCCGCCGAUGAGAACCCCGCCGCCGGCCUCGAUCAGACCGUCAUAAAUUCGUACCCCAAGUUCCCGUUCGUCAAAUCCGGCGAUCUCGGGAACGCGGGUACGAUGUGUUCGAUUUGUCUGUGCGAGUACAGAGAGUCGGAAAUGGUGAGGAUGAUGCCGGAUUGUCGGCAUUACUUCCACUUGCUCUGUAUUGAUGCUUGGCUGAAGCUGAACGGCUCUUGCCCUGUGUGUCGGAACUCGCCGCUGCCGACUCCGCUGUCGACGCCAUUGUCGGAGCUGGUACCGCUGUCCCAGUACCCAGCGCAGCGUCGGAGAUGAUUUUUCCCAAUUUGGAUUUCUGGGUGUUUCGCAAAUUCCAUCUUUCUAGUUUUUCUUUUUCUUUGUUUUGGAAUUGAAUUGAAUUGUAAAUUUUCCAUAUAUGGGAUGGUGAUAAUAGGGGAUUUUGAUUCUGGUUGAUGUUGAAAUAGAGAAUGAAAACAGAGUAGGUGUUAUCUUUAGCUGGAUUAUGCUGUCUGCAAGAAUUGGGGAAGAGGGGCGAGGUGGGGGUGGUUUAGUUUAACAGAGAAUGAAUCCGUGUUCUUAAAUUUUGGUUACAUUUUAAGAAAAUUUAUGAUUUAUGAUUUGGAACCGUGGGGAAGAUUUCCAAAUCAUUGGGCUUCUGAUUUCUCGCUGGGUAACAGUUGCUGUAGUCAUGGAAUUACCUUUCUUUUAUUUUAUUUUAUUCUUGAGAUUAUUGUAAUUAUUGCUCCCGUUUUCUA